AUGUUGAUCAUUCGUUCCAAAAACUCAAGACUCCCAACUGUAAACGCGGAAAACCUUCGUUAAAUCUUCAAUUUAUCCCUUAUCACUAUUAUGAAAUACAAUAAGCAUUGCCUCAAGGAAUUCGUAGUCUUCGAGCCAAGGCCACUAGCCAUCUUCGUCCAUGUCUCAGGAGUAUUUCGUCGUGGAGAACGAUCUAAAACUAGACGGUCUUCCCGAUGACGUCCUGUUCGUCAUUUUGGCAUUCUGUGAUGUGAAAACUCUGCUUGCACUAGCGUGUGUCAAUCAAAACCUGAACCGUGUAUCGAGUCAUGAUACUGUGUGGCGAAGAAUUAGCAAAAAAUGCAUAAAUAUCCGGAAAUCGGAUAAAAAAAGUGAGUGCUGGAAGAAUCUCUGUCGAGUGUCUCAUAACUGGACGAGAGGAAACUGCAAGGACAGAUGUAUGAUCAAGUUUAAAUGCAACUUCAUGCCAUAUCUGUAUCUAGUAGAGCCAAACAAGCUCUUUGUAGCCCAGGGACCUGAUAUUGUAUUAUACCAGAGUAAGAAAAAAACACGCAUGUUACCUCUAUGGCAGCAGCAAAUGCAAUUCCGUGGACAUGAGUUUGAUGUCACACACUUCUUCAUUCAAGAUGAUCGGCUGAUCAGCAGUAGCUUGGACAACACACUGCGCACAUGGAGCUUGAUGACUGGUAUGUGUGAAGCAGUGUACACAGGUCAUACCAGUAAUGUUCAUUCAGUAGAUGGGUAUGGUGAUGUCCUGGUAUCAGGAGGGAGAGACAAAGUCAUCAAGAUUUGGUCUCAGCAGUCCAAGCAUUGUCUUCAUACCAUUCCCAUACAGGAUCACAUCUGGUGUGUUGGAAUGAAUCCUGUUACAAGGUCUGUACUUAGUGGUAGUGCAGGUCACUCUACUGAUGUUCCUGCUCUUCGGUUAUGGAGUCUAGAAAGUUGCUCUUUGAUUCGUAACUUGGAUGAUGGCUGUCAUCGUUUUGGUGCUGGUGUACUUUCUGUUCUGUGGGAGUCUGCAUUUACUUUCCUGUCCUGUGGCUAUGACACCGCAAUUAAAUACUGGGACAUGCGGGUCAAUUCAAGAUGUGGAUGUGUAUUAAAGUGGGAAGAUCCCCAUGACUCGACAGUUUACUGUGUUGAUUCCGAUCAUAAAUGGAUGGUAGUGAGUGGUACUAACCGAUAUGGUGUGACAAGAGUGUGGGACAAGCGUGCUAGAAGAUGUGUGAGAUCAUUCUAUGCUGGUCGUAAAUCCUUUAGUCCAGUCUAUUCCAUUCAGUGUGACAGAACAUCUUUGUACGUAGCCUUGGCUAACAGCAUUAGGAGCCUUGACUUCUCUAUUUAAUUCUAUUCUAGAAUAUUCAGUUUUCAUUUGUGCAUCAAAGGAUUUAAAUCUAUUACCUUAUAUCACAUAAGUGCAUUCAAUUUGUUACAAUAUCUGAAAGCAUCUUGAUUGAUAUCUACCGGUAUUUCCAUAAUGUGUACGGUCAAAUAGUAUUACUAAAUAAAUAUUUCAAGAGUGUAAAAUAAUAAUGAAGGCUUUGUAAAAUUGCAAAAACGUUUCUUGUACAUCUGCCCCAUUUUUAGGUAUAAAAAAUUUGACAAGGGACCUUAAAGUUGUUCUUGAUAAUUCAUGGGAAACUUGCCUUAAAAGGCUACAUCCAUGCAUGUAGAUAGCUAAAAGUGGUGAAGUAGUGUGUUUCAUGAUUGGUAAAAGCAUUGUACAUAGGAAGUGUUGUAUAGUGUGGUUUAAUUUGAUAAGAUAUUUAUCAAUAAAAUAAUCAAGUAUUAAGAA